GCCUCUUUUUUGUGGAGGAUACUGUAGGUCUAGCCGCUGGUUAGGUGAUGUGUUUCAUCCCCAAGCGAUAUAAAAUUAAAAACUGUGCGUGAAACAAAAUCAAUAAAUAAUCCAUUCCUUUUUUUUCUGAGCUCCUUCUUCAGAAACUGAUUACUUCUUCAACCAAAUAAAUCAGCUCAUGUUUAAUUUCAAAGAUAACGUGCUGGAGCAAUAAUUGCUCCGCACAUCCAUCUUUUUUCGACAUGUUUUGUCGUCUGCUUGGACGAAUGAAAAUGUUUACUUUUUCGGCAAUGUUGGUAAAUUAGUCUGAAAUGGGAAAAAGUGAAGUAAAACGUUGUGAAGUAAGGCGUUGUUUGAAGAAUAGAAUUGCCGAAAGCGUCGUAGACGUGACACUCGAUGAUUGUGCUAACAAUCCUAGGAAAAUCGGACUAAGGAAAGCCAGAAUUAACCUUAGAAAUAUAGGAAGACAUUCAUCAACAGAACAAGAUUAUUGUUCCAAUGAUAAUUCAGAUGCUAAUGAGGAUACGUCAACAAGUGCACCCAUGUCUCACUCUACUGGGACUAAGAAAACUAAGUUAAAAGAUAAAUUAACUGCUGGGGUAAUGUACCCACCAGACAUUUGGUUUCUCAUCGCAAAAUAUAUUCCCCCUGAAGAACUCUACAGAUUUUCACUUAUAUGCAAAGAUGCUUACCGAGUGAUACUUUCAGUGCACUUCUGGAAACAGAUUUGCAAGAGAUACCAGGGUGAUGAAACGUCCCUUCCACGAGAGUUACGAAAUGUCUCUGACAGCCGACGCGGGCUGAGAGCUCGUGCAAUUCGCCUAUUAUAUUUGCGAUGUCCGUCUUUGAUGAAACGUAUUAAACCCCCUGUUGCUCCCCGGUAUGAGCCCUACACGUUACAGGGGAUGCGGUUGCUUCUAGCAUGGCACGAGAAGGAAGGCUCUGUUUGGAAUUUUUAUUUCAAAUGGAUCAAUCGGAAUGUUGACGCUCGGGAUUACCGACGAAGCGAACUUUUUGAAAACACUGAAGCUGGCUGCCGGGUUCUUAAGGCUACGUGCAGCGAGUUUGUGUGCUUCCCUUAUCCACAAUACAGUUAUCUGUCUACAAUUCAUUUGGGUCUCACGUCAGACAUGCGGCAUCAGAAGUUGUCACUCGGCUUCAGCGAUUAUACAACGACUCAUUGUGUUGCAAAAAUGAAACAGAACCUGGGACGAGGUGCUGCAGUUCAGAAUAAAAUUGACCUAGAACCCAUCUCCCAAUGCAUACUGAUGGAUUGGUGGCAUCCCGAAUACCCAUAUCCACGUGAUAAUGUCCGGCCAUCCAUCAUGCCUUGUCCCGACGAGGAAUGGUAAAGUAUUUGCUGUAUCAUGUACAAAAUUAGCUCCUUUUUUUGUAACUUCAUGAGUAAUACUCGUGUGAUAUUGUUGUCUCUUCCAAGGAAUAAAACUGUUUUGAUUUA